AUGUCCACCAACCCCUCAAACCCCCACUAUGUGGUGAACACUACAUCCCCCUACCCUGAUCCUGACAAUCCCUACCCUGAUCCUGACAAUCCCUACCCUGAUCCUGGCAAUCCCAACCCUGAUCCUGACAAUCCCUACCCUGAUCCUAACAAUCCCAACCCUGAUCCUGACAAUCCCUACCCUAAUCCUGACAAUCCCUACCCUGAUCCUGACAAUCCCUACCCUGAUCCUGACAAUCCCUACCCUAAUCCUGACAAUCCCAACCCUAAUCCUGACAAGCCCUACCCUGAUCCUGACCAUCCCUACCCUGAUCCUGACAAUCCCAACCCUAAUCCUGACAAUCCCUACCCUGAUCCUGACAAUCCUAACACUGAUCCUGACAAUCCCAACCCUAAUCCUGACAAUCCCUACCCUGAUCCUGACAAUCCCUACCCUGAUCCUGACAAUCCCUGCCCUGAUCCUGACAAUCCCUACACUGAUCCCUACCCUGAUCCUAACAAUCCCUACCCUGAUCCUGACAAUCCCUACACUGAUACUGACAAUCUCUACCCUGAUCCUGACAAUCCCUACACUGAUCCUGACAAUCCCUUUGCAGGAUAUACUCCACAGCUCUCCCAACUACACAGACCCUAA